UAUGUUGAGCAGUCUCUUACAAUGACACAAGCUACAAUGCAGACCUUAUUCCUAUGUAUUUUGCUAUAUUGCUCUGUCUCAGGACUAAUUUUACCCAUGACAAAGCCAGAUGGCAGUGCUGAUCUCUCCAGUGUACUGAGUCACGUCGUAUUGCUUGAACAGUCCAUGACUAGCUUUAAGACAACCACAGGGAAGCUGCAAACAGAUCUACAGGUAACAAAACAAGAUCUACAGAGUACAAAAACAGAGCUGCAAACCACAAAAACAGUUCUACAGAACACCCAAACAGACUUACAAACAAGCCAAUCCCUACAACAAUUGGCCAGUGCUGAAAUUACCUCUCUGAAGUCUGAGAUGGCAAUGCUGAAGGCUGAACUGAAGUUGUCUUCGAAUGAGUUGAACCAGGUGAAGUCUGAACUGAGAGACUUGAAACUGGAUAAACUUAAUGCUAACUUUCUGUUGAACCUCACGAUGGACUCUAUGAGUCGCAAUAUCAAGCAGAACUCCGUGCAGGUAAAUGUAGUACAAUCAGAUGUUUCGGCGUUAGAUAAACAGCUGCAUCGAGUAAACUCUACACUGUAUGAUGUCAAGAAUGAAGAAGAGGGUUUCAUCCGAAAUACGUCAUCGUCCAUCAAAAUCAUUACAAACCAGUUGCUGGUUGAGAUCACGGACAUGGUGUCCACAAAAGAAGUGUUACAAAAUGCGUCAAAACAGCUGGAAAGACUUGGGACAGAAAUGAACCAAACAACCGUUGAUAUGCGCAAUGUUCAACAAGGUCUUCAGACAGUCAAGGAUAAUCUACACACAGCACAGUAUAAUAUCAGUUUCACAAGCUCAGAAGUGGCAGGUUUGCAACGUGACAUGUCUAGUGUACAGAAGCAGUCUCUGGGCAACACCAAGUCGCUGUCACAAGUCAUACAAGAUGAUGAUUGA